AACUGCUAAUUCUACAAUCAUACGUGUAAUACUUCCACUUGCCCUUCGAUAAUUUCAGAGUUUCAUUCGGAAACGCUUUCCAUUCCACCGCCGCUAUGCCGCCGUCCGGCGACGGAGCUGAUGUCUCUGCCGGUGGCCGCUGUACGUGCUCUUCCCUCGAUGACGAAAGCCUAAUCCAGAACUGCCAGCAUUGCCGGCGAUCGACUCUCCCUUCCUCUUCGUCAUCUUGCUCUUUGCUUAGCCUCGAAUCUUAUCCGGUUCAGGAUUACGACAAGCUUUGGAGAAUCUUUAGUGCUUCCGUUAAAGGAUUCACUAUUGGCGCUGGCCUAAAAGGUGGCCUCGCUAUCUUUGCUGUUCUCUCUCGGCUACGACGUAGAAAAUCGAUGUCCUCCGCGAAGAAAGGGCAAAUGGUCUCGAGCAGGGAUGAUGUAAUUUUGGCACUAAAGGAAACUCUAAGAUAUGGUCUGUUCCUUGGCACUUUCUCUGGUACAUUUGUAUCAGUUGAUGAAAUUGUAUCCGCUUGGGGAGGUCAUCGAAGGAUAGCUAAGUGGAGAGCAUUGCUAGCGGGUGCAGUUGCAGGGCCAUCGUUGCUUCUUACUGGUAGCACACAGCACACGAGCUUGGCGGUUUACAUUCUUGUGCGUGCGGCUGUGUUGGCAUCCCGUUGUGGAAUAAAAAGUAAGCGGUUUGGGCGCAUAUGCAAGCCUUUAACUUGGGCUCACGGAGACAUUUUUCUUAUGUGUCUAUCCUCUUCACAGAUCCUGUCCGCUUAUAUAUUGAAGCAAGAUAGUCUGCAUCCAUCUUACAAAUCCUUUCUCAACAAACAUGGUGGCAAAGCUUUGGUUAUCCUGCAGGGUGUGAAAGAUCUGGCAUGUGGGAACUCUGUAAUGAAUUUGGAAGCAAUAGAGAAUCAUUACAAGUCCAAUGGUAUUGACAUUAAACUGGAUCCGCAAAUGAAAGUGCCCUGCUCGAUAGUACAUGAGAAUCAAGGAUGUGGUGCACAUUUCAUUUCAUUUCUAAUUCAAGCCUACAAGAGAGCUCUUCCAGUUUACCUUCCAGUUUAUUUAGUUCCUGCACUCAUUGUACAUCGUCAAGGCAUCUUGAAAAGACCUAACACAAUUUUGGCGAAGAGUCUCCUCGGUACAGCAAGGUCUAGUCUAUUUCUCUCCAUGUAUUGUUCAUCUGCCUGGUUAUGGACAUGUUUUCUCUUCAGGCUGUUCAAGAGGUGUAACAUCCCCAUGGUGGCACUGGGAACGUUCCCUACUGGUCUGGCCCUGGCAAUUGAGAAGAAAAGCAGAAGGAUAGAGAUUUCACUCUAUUGCCUUGCUCGGGCACUUGAGAGUUUCGUCACGUGCAUGGCUGAUGUUGGUUAUUUGCCUCAGUCUGAAAAAUUAAAGAGAGGUGAUGUCGUGAUCUUUAGCAUGGCAACUGCAAUUAUCAUGCAUUGUUAUGCUAUGGAGAGGGAUGUCUUCAAAUCCAAGUACUUGAAUGUUCUUGAUUGGGUGUUUGGUGUGCCUCUUCCCCCCUAUGACACCACUCCUCGCAAGAAAUGCCGUUCCUCAUCAAUAUAGCACAGAUGAUGGAUUAUUCUUUUCCCCGCAAGAGAUAAUUGUACACAAUGCAUGUCACAAAAAAAUAAUUUAACUUUGUACACCACAAUUGUCACAGAACUAAUCUACUUUGAUACAAAUAUAGAAUGAACUAUGGUCUGUUUAGUUGGAA